GCUUCUAGGUUCAGAGAGGCUGGGUCUUUCCAAAGGAAAACAGGUGCAGUGUAGCUGCAGAUACCUGCUCAGCUGGAUAAGCCUUUAAUCAUGGAAAGAAGGCUACUAAAGAAGGAAAUGAGAAAACUCCUGGGAGAUUAUAUUGGCAUCAGACUUCGGGAAAAUGAAUUUGACCCAAAAGGAAGAAGGCAACUCACCUUUCUAGAUGAUAUGGCACACUACGACUUGGCCAUCAAUGUUGCUCUGCAGUGGCUGGAUCACUCAGAAGACUUAACUUGGCUGAAGUGGGAGAAAGUGAAAAUGCCAUUUCGGGGUAGACCCAUAUAUCCAAACCACAGAGAACGAGAAGCAAUGAUUUUAUCGUCUUAUGCUGGAAUCUUAAUGAACAGCAUCCCAAUUGAGGAAGUCUUUAAAAUUUAUGGGGCUGAUUCUUCUACCAAUUCUGGUGCUACCAAGGUUCCCAGAGCUCCACCCUUCCACCUCUCCUUGCACCCUUUUGCCAUGUUAACAGCACCCAAAGCAGCAGAAUAUGCCCGCAAACAGAGUGUCAAGUUAAGAAGGGGAGCAACGAAUCAAAAUGCCACCAGCAGCUCUACAAAGGAAGCAAAUGUCACAGAAUGGAAACCAUAAAAUAAUUUAUCUUUGGACACACAGCCAAAGAACAAAGU